AUGUUAUAUGAAGAUCUCAUCGAGCACGAUGGCGUCGACGCACAGAGUCUUCACGCGCUCGCGUCAGACAUGUUCGACAUGACCCCUAAACAAGAACGCGACCUCGCUCACGCCUAUACUCAUCACACUCAUACCAAAUACGAUUCCGCUACACCCCCCUUGAGUCCCUCGACAACGAUAAGCAGUUUACCGACAGAGGAACAUGAUUCCUUGGACGAGCCCGAAUUGCUUAUCAGUCGCGAGGACGUGAAGAGGGGUAAGCAGCCUGAAGCUCCUACUAAAUUCAACUGGAGGAAUAUGUUCAAUGAUUCGGACUGGUAUGGGAUGGAAUACGCGCUGGAGCAGAGCCGGUAUGACCAUCCUGGUUUGGCCAGUGUGUGGCCGCCCAGCGCGGGCGAAUCGUCGACUUCGGAUGCCGCAUUUAUCGCAAUGUACGAUGGGUAUAUUUACCCCGAGGAUGUUACGUACUGGUAA